GGUGUUCCGGACAAGGAGACAGAGACAACGAUGACUACUAAUGAUUCCACUAAUUACAACGUUAACGGGUUUGGAUCGAUACCCAUGUUGGAUAAUACCUGGAAUCUAGGAGAUGGCAGUUUUACUGCUGGUAUUAGUGACUAUAGUCAUUAUUUUGAGAAGAAUCUGUGUCAUGAAGAUCCUGUUUUCUGUGGAGGAUCUUAUGAGUUGCCACAAUAUGGGAAGAGUAAAGGAAGUGAUUAUUAUGAUCUGCAGAUUCAUGAUCCUUCUUUCUUCUGUUUGGAUUAUGACAAAGAUUUUGGAGGACACU